GCGUGCCGACCUCCCGGGCGUGACGAGGGCGUGAGGCAGCAGAGACGACGUCAGGGCGGCCGCCAUGGACAGCUGGCGCCCCAACCCGCGGGCGCCGCCCUUCGUGCCCCGACGCUCCUCCCUAAGGCGCAUGGGCGUGGGCGUGGGCGGCUUUUCGAACAGCAGCGCGGGCGGGCUCGGGAGCUACCACCGCCACCUCCCCCUCCUCCCCCGCGGGCGCCGCCUGGCCAAACUCCUGCAGGGCCUGCUGAUUGCUGUGCUGAGUGGCCCACGAUCGCAAUCAAACGUGACCUUCAUCGUGGAGAAGACGCGGCAACUGCGGGAGCCUCUGGUCGCCGCAGACACAAAAAGGAAGGUCAUGGAAGCUGCACACAUCGCGACAAGAGAACAUGAACACCGCAUCGGGGCAGCUUCGAAGCAUCCAAGGUCGCGGGCAGCAGUUUUGCGGGUAACGAGUACGAGGUCACAGUCGUCAGGUGUUUUAUCAGCGCCCAUCUAA